AGGUAAGAAAACAGAAAGUUAAAAGGAAGCAUGCAAGUUGAGAGUACUGGAGGGAGAAGAGGGGAUGAGUACAAAAGAGCCAGCGUCUUGAGAGAGAAGUCAGUACCGCGCAAGUGUUUGACAAGAUGAGAAUAAUCGGGGUGCUGAGUGUAGCUUUCGUAGCUGUAUGUUUGGUGGCGGCAAACCCUCAAGACAAAUCGAACCGCAAGAACGAGAACCAAGCUAUCAGAAGGGAAUCAGAUCUCUCGAUACCGAAUUUUGGCCUGGAGAGCCUCGGAGAAUCUCCACACGACCUAAAAGGCGGACAGCAAGAGUUCAGCAGCGGUCAACACGAUUUCAGCAGCGCGCAGAACGACUUCAGUAGUGGUCAACAUGAUUUCAGCAGCAGCCAACAUGAUUUCAGCGGCAGCCAGUACGUCUUCAGCAGCGGUCAAAAUGAUUUCAGCGGCGGCCAGCACUUCAGCAGCGGUCAACAUGACUUCGGAAUCAAUGGACAUGAGUUCUCCAACGGUGGCCACGAAUUGUCAACCCAGGAGCUGGGAGGUGGAGGAGAUGGACACGAGAUAGCACAUCACCAAAAAGAGAAAAAAGUAAAGACCAUCACUGUCACGAAAGAAGUGCCUGUGCCUUACCCAGUUGAAGUGGAAAAGAACGUCCCGUACCCCGUUAAAGUUCCAGUCGAUAGACCAGUCCCUAGGCCGGUGGAAAAGCCCUACCCCGUCACAGUCGAAAAAGAAGUCCCUUAUCCCGUCAAAGUCAAUGUUCCCCAGCCCUACCCGGUCGAAAAGCACGUCCCCUACCCGGUCAAAGUGUACGUCGACAAGCGCUACCCAGUCAAAGUAGAAAAACCGUACCCGGUCAUCGUCGAGAGGAAGGUCCCAGUCCCGAUCGAAAAGAAGAUACACUACGCUGUCAAAGUGCCCGUCGAUAACCCCGUCCCCGUCCACAUCCCGGUCUACAAGACCAUUCCUUAUCCCGUGGAAAAGAAGGUACAUUUUGAAGUGAAAAUCCCCUAUGAACGGCCCGUUCCUGUCCACGUUAACAAGCCCUACCCGGUUCAUGUGGAAAAGAAAGUGCCUUAUCCUGUCACAAAGAUUGUACCUUAUCCAGUCAAAGUUCCUGUCAAAGUGCAUGUACCAUAUGAAGUAAUUAAGCACGUUCCAGUCCAUGUACCUUCCAAACACGAGCAUCACCACCAAUAAAGUAACUCAGUGAUUGUGACUAUUUAAUU